CGCUGUUGCGGUCUUGCGGAUGUGAUGUCGUCGCUGCUUCCGCCGCUAAAGCUUCCUCCGUCGGCGGCGUUGGGGGAGUCGCUGCCCCCUGCCGCCCAUCGGAUUCUGCAUGCCAUCAGCACGUGCACCUCCCCCGCCCAGCUUCCUCUCAUCCAGUCCCAAAUCCUCGUCCACCGCCUCCACCCCAACACCACCGUCGCUUCCGCCUUCAUCAACGUCUGCCUCACCCUCCGCCGCCUCUCCCCCGCCCUUUCCCUCUUCUCCCUCCUCCACCGACCCCACGUCUUCCUCUGCAAUACCCUCCUCCGCGCUCUCCUCCUCCUUCCUUCCUCUUCCCCUUCUCUCCCGCCCCUCUUCCUCCUCUCCCACAUGCUCCGCUCCUCCGUUCCCCCCAACCGAUACACUUUCCCAGUCGUCCUCAAGUCCCUUCCCCGCGGCGACCUGCCUCGCGGCCGCAUGCUCCACGCCCUGUCUCUCCGAUUCGGCCUCGCCUCUGACCUCCACGUCCGCAACUCCCUUCUUCAUCUCUACGCCACGGCUGCCGACAUCCCCUCCUCCGAGCAACUGUUCGACGAAAUUCCCGCCCCCGAUGUCGUCGCCUGGACCACCCUCAUCACCGGUUACGCCGGACGCCACCGUCCUGGCGACGCCCUUCUCGCCUUCGAGCGAAUGCAUUUCGCCGGCGUGGCUCCUAACCGCGUCACCAUGGUCAGCGCCCUGGUCGCUUGCGCCGCCCACGGAGCCCUUGACGUCGGCGUCUGGAUCCACGACUACAUCCGCAACCGCGGCUGGAAGCUCGACGUCGUCCUCGGGACCUCACUCGUGGACAUGUAUAGUAAAUGCGGUCGGAUUGACGCCGGCCUCGAAGUGUUCUGGAGCAUGGCCGAGAGGAAUGCAUACACCUGGAAUUCCGUCAUCAUGGGGCUCGCCCUCGCCAAAUGCGGCAGAGAAGCGCUCCAAUGGCUCUCGAGGAUGGAGAGCGAGGGCGUCAGGCCGGAUGGCGUCACGCUCAUCGCCGUCCUGUGCGCCUGCAGCCACUCGGGCCUCGUCGAAGCUGCGUGGCAAUUGUUCGACGCGAUGGUGGCUGGCAAGUACGGAUUCCGCCCAGGGAUCAGGCACUACGGCUGUAUGGUCGACCUCCUGGGGCGCGCCGGCUUACUUGGCGAGGCUGUCAGGUUCAUAGAAGCGAUGCCGUUUGCGCCCAAUGUGGUCAUCUGGGGAUCCCUCCUCCAUGGCUCUAGAGCUCAUGGGGAGUUAAGUUUCAGCGAACUAGCGGCGAGAAAACUGGUGGAGCUCGAGCCUACAAACAUCGCGCAUUACGUGGUGUUGUCGAAUCUGUACGUUGAGAUGGGGCGAUGGCUGGAGGCAGAAGAGGUGCGGAGGUUUGUGAAGGAGAGUGGGUUGCGCAAGGAUCCGGGCUGGAGCUUAGCAGAGCCCACGACAGGGGUGGAGGAAUGCGUAGCUUUGUAAGACAUUGCUUCAAGUGUUUGACACAAUGCUCCUGUGGAUGAUGUGAAGCUGUUGCAAAGAUUUUUCCCUCCAAGCUCAACAUGAAUCAAUCCUUUUGGAAUGGUGAAGAUAAAUAGUGUAGGCACUUUUCUUCCCUCUUACAAAGCUAAAUUAAGAAUCAUUUUUGUAUGAUUUUUUUUAAUGAAAUAAUUCAGUAAUUCUUGUGUGAAUUUGAGGCAUGGAACUUGUAACUAUAAUGUGCUCUCCCCCCAAUGACAGUUAUCUCUGUCUCUUUGACUGCAUAUUACUAAUGUAUUUAGCUUUUGGUUC